GAUUUAGUACGGUGACGGGGGUGCCGUUAUUCCAGGAGAUGCUUAAGUAGGAAGGGAAGACAAGUGAAAGUCCACCGUCUUCCCUCUCCUUCUCUGCUUGCUUGGCGGGAGCACUCCACCUGGCGAAGGUGGCAUCUGCUCUGUUCGCAUCCUUCGUGCCACUGUAAAGCCACACCACCGUCUCUCUCUCUCUCUGAGUUUAUACUGUGAACGCUCUGAUUUGGAGCUCAAUCUGCGAAAACUCGACCAUGGGUGGUGAAGUCGUCGACUCUGUCGUCUCUGGUGGCUCUUCAUCCGAAGGCGAAGUGCCACUGGACGAAAGCUUCGCUUCUCAAGUUCCCACUCUUUUCGUCAGGGAUGGUCUCAGCAGGAAAGUUGGCAGUAAAACUGUGAAGGAAGAUGAUGUUUUGGGACUCGGGGAUUUUGAGGGGGAGGAUGGCGUGUUUUCUUCUGCUCUAGAAUCUGAAGUUAACUUGCGGAGGAGGAGUAGCACUCAUAGAGAAGUCUUGGGGAGCUACGAUGACUCACGGGUUCAUAUCGAAAGUCUGGGUCAUGCGAAAAGCAAGAUUCUGAGCUACUACCCUGGAGCAUGGAUUGAGGAAGUAGGCGGUACAAAAUCUUUUGACUACAAGGUGCCACAGACGACUUCCCUCAUCUUGAUUGGUCCAAGAGGGUCAGGGAAAAGCAGUCUUGUCAACAGAAUAUCCAAGUUGCUCGAUGAUGACAAGUUUGCCUCAGAAAGAGCCCAAGUAUCAUACAAUUCUUCUGCAGGAGAUGGGACAUACUUCCUCCAGGAGUACAUGAUUCCAAGGGGUUCAACAUCCUUCUGUCUUUAUGAUACCCGUAGUUUGUCAACUGACCCCUCUGAAGACAGUAAAAUCAUCAAACGAUGGAUGACAAAAGGCGUUCGUCAUGGUGAACUUGUCAUCAGGGAAUCAGAUGAUUGGAGUUUAAGGAAGAGAAUGAGGUGCAAGGCUCGCUGGAGUUGCCAUCCAUCCUCAGUAAUAAGGAGGGUGAAUUUUGUGAUAUUUGUUGUUAACAGCAUAACAGUUCUCACUUCCAUGGACAAUAACCAUGAUGGCCAAUCACAGUACAUGCAGUUGAUUGCAGAUACCUACAAUUGCCCGUAUUUGUCAUUUAAAGAUGACAAGCCUGCUGUAGUAGUCACACAUGGCGAUCUACUUUCAGUCCCUGACCGUGCUCGUGUUCGCGUAUACCUGGGAGAGCUGUUUGGCAUCCCUCCUGCAAAGCAAAUAUUUGACAUUCCAGAUAACUCCAACCUUGUAACGCAGAACACAAUAGUUGACAUGCUGCGCUAUUCCCUUGAACACGCUGAUAGAAAUCUUCCUCGUAAGACUUGGGUAUCAAAAAGGGUUUGGAGAGUGCAGGUCUCAGCAUGCGUUUAUCUGGCCCUUAUUGUUGGAAUCGCUAUCAUCGCAGCCUGCAUGAAAAGGACACACCGCGUACCCAAAUCAAAGAUUCACAUCGAUUGGCCUAAAAUUCGGCAUAUGUGGCUGGAAUGAGAAAAUUGCUUUGAUCUUCGCUAUAUUGUCUGUCCCACUCCCACCCCUUUGAAUCUG